AUGGCAUCACCAGUUACAGUUGCACUUCCAGCACCCGCAACACUCAGCAGCUUGCCAGCCGAGGCGCAACUGCGAAUCUCCAAGCUCCUUGACGACACAUCACUCAUCAGAUUGAGCCUAGCAUGCAGGGAAAGACAUGGCCUCCUUUUCCACGGAAUCCAAGAACGAGCCAAAAGACACGCGCUCCCUCCCCAAGACAUCUACAACAGACGCAUGUUCCACUCUCGAGACGGCGAAGUAUACUUUCACCGCUUCCCCGGCGCCAACGAGUGGAGGCGAACCAUCCGCGAGCCCCUCGCGGAAGCAGUUUGCGCCGGCCGGUACGACGAGGUCAGAUUCUACCUAGACGCCGAGGUGAGUGCCAAAUCCAUAAACCUAGACGCAGUACCCCUGCUCCACCUCUCCAUCAGAGCAGGCCAGUACCACUUCGCUGCGCUGCUGCUCCAGUACAAUGCGGACCCGAAUGUUGUUUGCCCGAGCACGGGGCGCAUGGCGUUGGACGACGCGGUGGGCGGACCCGCGAACCCGCCGGUCUGGCUCAUCGAAAGGCUCCUAGCGGCCGGGGCGCGGUUCAUCCACGACCUCACGUUCGGGAUCUGCUGCACGCAGACCUGGGGCAAGGCGUUCUUUCGACGGGCCGUUCGCAACGGCACGGAGAUCCUGCCGGACACGAAUGACCCGUCUAUCCGGCUACAGGCGAUGUGCAAGCUUGCGGAUAUGGAGAUAGUGCACUGUCUAUUCGAUCUAGUGCCGGGGCUGGUGACUCAGCGGCAUGAUGGGCUUUCUGCGCUGGAUAUUGCGCUGGUGUAUGGACGGGAGGAUAUCGCGGUUUGUCUCGUUCGUAGAGGCGUGCCGUUGCCGGCUAGCGCGGAGCGCGAAUUGAAGAUCGCGAUGCUGCAUGGGCACACAAAUCUCGUCCAGGAGCUGUUGAAGCAUGCUCAAUUGGCGGGGAGAUGUCCGAGCUGGAAAUGUGCCGCCAUUCAACAGUCCGAGGAACGUCGGCGGAAUGCAUCUGUGCACAGCGUCAGUAGACAGCGCUGGAUUAAGAUGAUCUCAUAG